GAAGCGGCUCCGGCUCCGGCUCCUCUCACAGACCGCCUCUUGUUUUGAGUGUUGGAGGCGGCGGACCGGUCCGACAGGUUUGUUCGGGCCAGCGCGUCUGAGGAAGCCAAGGGAGGGCGGUGUGAAACAGGGCGGGGAGACGCGGAGGAGCAGGAAGAAGAGCUGCUGCUCGGAACAAAUAUGGUUCGGUGACAAUACGAUACUAAACACCGAGUGAGAAACCCAUUCAGAGCUUUAUCAGAACUUCUGCAGGUCACCGGGAAUGGGUUAUUCCACAGUUGAGGAGCAACAGUAGAGAAGGUGCUGUACCCUCUGAGCUUCCUCCUACAUCCUGGUACCUGCAGAAGCUGCUGCCCAGCCGACCUGUGCGACCGAGAACGGGAAACCAAAGGUGCCAAGAUGAGUCGGCGGCGUGCAGACUCGCAGAGCUCCCUGGGGCCGAAUGAUGAGGUGAUGCCAUACAGUGACGAUGAGACGGACGACGAACUGGACGAGACCUCUGAAAGUGAGGCAGAGGAGCCACAGGAACCCGCCCAUCCUCGGGAAGAGACGAGACCCCCUGAAAUUGGCUGGAAGGUGAAAGCCAAUGACAGAGCGUACCACCAGCUGCCGGAGUUUAAAAAGAAAGUCUUCCUGUGCAUAAAGAAGAGCCGAUACUCUGGAAAUGCCAUCAAAACAUACAAGUACAACGCCUUGACCUUUCUUCCCUUGAACUUAUACGAGCAAUUUAAGAGAGUGGCCAACAUCUACUUCCUGGCUCUGCUCAUCUUACAGAUUAUUCCAGACAUUGCUACUCUUCCCUGGUACACUACACUGAUUCCUCUGGUUAUUGUAUUAGGAAUCACUGCUAUCAAAGACCUUGUUGAUGAUCUGGCACGCCACAGGAUGGACAAGGAAGUCAAUAACAGGAAGUGUGAGGUUUUGCUAGACGGCAGGUUUAAAGAAUCGAAGUGGAUGGACAUCCACGUUGGAGAUGUAGUUCGCCUCAAGAAAAAUGACUUUAUUCCGGCCGACAUCCUGUUAUUAUCCAGCUCCAACCCAAACAGCUUGUGUUAUGUAGAGACAGCCGAGCUUGAUGGAGAGACCAACCUGAAAUUUAAGAUGGGCCUCAGACAGACAGAUGAGGGAUUGCAGGAGGAACAAGAGCUAGCACAGUUCAACGCUCUGAUUGAAUGUGAGGAACCAAACAACCGUCUGGACAAGUUCACCGGGACGAUGUUGUGGAACAGCGAGCGUUAUCCUCUGGAAAUGGACAACAUUCUGCUGCGAGGCUGCACAAUCAGAAACACCAAUUAUUGUCACGGGCUGGUGAUCUUUGCAGGAGCUGACACCAAAAUCAUGAGGAAUGGUGGAAAAACGAGGUUCAAGAGGACCAAAAUUGAUGAGCUGAUGAACUACAUGGUUUACACGAUCUUUGUUCUGCUCAUUCUAGUAUCAGCUGGUCUGGCCAUUGGUCACACCUUCUGGUACGAGGACAUCGGUUCCAAGGCCUGGUAUCUGUUUGACGGCAAAAGCCAAACCUCCUCCUACAGAGGUUUCCUCAGCUUCUGGGGUUACAUCAUUGUCCUCAACACCAUGGUGCCUAUUUCACUCUAUGUGAGUGUGGAGGUGAUUCGUUUGGGCCAGAGUAAAUUCAUCAACUGGGACCUGCAGAUGUAUUAUUCAGAGAAAGACACACCAGCUAAGGCCCGAACGACGACCCUGAACGAACAGCUCGGGCAGAUCCAGUAUAUCUUCUCUGACAAGACUGGAACUUUGACGCAGAACAUCAUGCAGUUCAAGAAGUGUUCCAUUGCAGGGCGGCGUUACGGUGAUCCAACCACUGCUGAAGGAACAUUGCUGGACAAAAUAAAGCCGGUGGACUGGAGCUGGAACCGCCAGGCUGACAAGAAGUUUGACUUUGUGGACCACUCUCUGGUUGCCAACAUCCAAUCCAAGAAGGACAAAGACGUUCUGGAGUUUUUCAAACUUCUCUCGCUCUGCCACACAGUCAUGGCGGAGAACAACAACGGCGAGCUGGUGUAUCAGGCUGCGUCUCCUGAUGAGGGCGCUCUGGUGACGGCAGCAAGGAAUUUUGGCUUUGUUUUUCUGUCCCGUACCCAGGACACGGUCACCAUCUUGGAAAUGGGGGAUGAGAAGACCUACGAGAUGCUGGGGCUGCUCGACUUUAAUUCUGAUCGCAAGCGCAUGUCCAUCAUCUUGAAGUUUCCUGAUGGCCGUAUUCGUCUGUACUGUAAAGGAGCCGACACAGUCAUCUAUGAGCGGCUCUCCCCGAACACCAGACACAAAGAGACCACCCAGACUGCCUUGGAUGAGUUUGCCAAUGAGACGUUGAGGACGCUCUGCCUGUGUUACAAAGACAUCAGCGCGAGGGACUUUGAGGCUUGGUCCCGGAAACACAAAGAGGCCCAGGUGAACAUGGUGGACCGGGAUGCUGCCCUGGACAUAGUUUAUGAGGAGAUUGAGAACAACUUGAUGCUGAUUGGAGCAACCGCUAUCGAGGAUAAACUUCAGGACGGAGUUCCGGAAACCAUUGCCAAACUGGCCAUGGCUGACAUAAAGAUCUGGGUCCUGACAGGUGAUAAGAAAGAGACAGCAGAAAACAUCGGUUAUUCCUGCACCCUUCUGAGAGAUGACAUGCAGAUCCAUUAUGGAGAAGAUGUUAAUGAAAAGCUGAUGAGCCGUCAGUCCAAAAGAAGAAAUGAACCUUCAUCAGUGUUUCGAGCUGGCAAAAAGAAGCCUUCUGAACCCUACUUCCCUGGAUCUAACAAAAAUGCUCUCAUCAUCACUGGAGGAUGGCUGAACGAGAUUCUUUAUGAGAAAAAGAAGAAACGCCGCAAGCUUCGUCUUCGCCGGUUAGGAAAGAGGCAAACUCCGAGCAACCCUCAGGAUCCGAUGAACGACUGGGAAAAGGAAAUGAGACAAAUCGACUUUGUGGAUAUGGCCUGUGAGUGCGAAGCGGUAAUCUGCUGCCGCGUCACGCCGAAACAAAAGGCUAACGUUGUGAGUUUGGUGAAGAAGUACAAGAAGGCCGUGACGCUGUCCAUCGGAGAUGGAGCAAAUGAUGUCAACAUGAUCAAAACUGCUGACAUCGGUGUUGGCAUCAGCGGUCAGGAGGGGAUGCAGGCAGUCAUGUCCAGCGACUACGCCUUUGCCCAGUUCCGUUACCUGCAGCGCCUCCUGCUGGUGCACGGCCGCUGGUCCUACAUCAGGAUGUGCAAGUUUCUGCGUUUCUUCUUCUUCAAGAACUUCGCCUUCACUCUGGUCCAUUUCUGGUACUCCUUUUUCAGCGGAUACUCCUCUCAGGUCGCCUAUGAAGACUGGUUCAUCACACUCUACAAUCUGGCCUACAGCAGCUUACCAGUUCUUCUUGUUGGACUCCUCGAUCAGGACCUGAACGACCGACUCAGCCUAAAGUUUCCAAAGCUGUAUCUACCCGGCCAGCAGGGGACGCUGUUCAACUACAAGAACUUCUUCAUCAGCUUGUUCCACGGCAUCUUUGUGUCUCUCGUCAUUUUCUUCAUCCCGUACGGAGCAUUCCUGCAGACCAUGGGUCAGGAUGGAGAGGCUCCCUCCGACUACCAGUCCUUUGCUGUUGUUACUGCCUCAUCUUUGGUUUUCACUGUAAACCUGCAGAUCUCUCUGGACACGUCGUAUUGGACCUUUGUGAGCUGUUUUGCCGUUCUGGGCAGCAUAGCCAUCUACUUUGGGAUCAUGUUUGACAUCCACAGCGCUGGAAUCCAUGUUAUCUUCCCCUCGGUGUUCACAUUCACAGGUGCAGCAUCAAAUGCUCUGCGUCAGCCCUAUCUGUGGUUAACCAUCAUCCUGACGGUGGGGCUCAGUCUGCUGCCCAUCGUCUGCAUCCAGUUCCUUCAUAAAACCAUCUGGCCCUCGGUUGGAGACAAGGUCCAGAGGAACAGGAGGAAGUAUGAGAUGCAACUGGAGGAGGAGGAAAAGAAGAAAAAGACCUCAAGUUUCCAGCGAAACAGAGCUUCCCGACGCUCCGCCUAUGCCUUUUCCCACACGCCCGGCUACGCCAACCUCAUCUCGACUGGGCAGAGCAUCCGACGGCGCCAGACGGCACACGGUGGGAACGCCGGCAGGAGGCCUGCCCUCUAGAGACGGUGGCCCGAGGAAGAGCAAAGCUGCAGCUGGAGGAGCUGGAAACAUCUGGAGGAAUUUAUUUCUGUGGAUCGGUCCUUUUUAGUUUCUGAAAGAGCCUCAGAGGGGGACAGGAGGACCCGAAGUGCUGAGAAGUGACAAAUGAAUGCCUCCUGGUUGGGCUUUGCACCAUCUAGGCACAAACUGAUAACUUGAAACACUCACCGAAGAGAUGACCUCCGUUACCGGGGGUUUGAUGUCACCUGCGUGACUGACAAUGUUGUUUAACUCAGGAUUAUUUUUAAAUAAGAGCCUUAUUUUUAGUAAGAUGGCAACCACUGCGGUUGCCAUGAAGCUAGAACGUUAUUUAAUGUCGUAGUCUUUGGUAGUUUUGGCCUCGCAUCCAAUCUGCAAUAAUUAAAAUUAAAGUUCCAGUUAAGUUCUGCUAUGAUUCUACUUGUUGGGCCCAAAGGUUUUUCUUCACCAUAAAACAUCAAUGUAAGGGGGGGGGGAUUUUUCUAUGCCAGGCUGUACAAGAUGUUUCUUAGAAUGUGUCCUAAUUUAAAAAUUUGUUGUAAAUUCAGCUUUUUCUGUUUAUGUAAAAAUGUUCGAGUGUGCUAAAACACUUUCUAAUCAACUGGAGGAACUUUUUUCUCCUUUAAUGGCUUUUAAACUAUUUUUCCUGAUCAGUUUGGAUUAUUGUUCUUUACUGUUUUACAACUUUUUUUCUGUAAAGCUCUUAAAGAUGUUUUCAAUUUAAAGAAAAUGAACUCAGAUGCUUCUCUUAGACUCUUUGGUGAAAGAUUUACAGUUUAUUUUUUAUUUCUUAAAAGUUUAAUCACUACUCGUUAACUCAGUAAAAAUUAGGAUUUCCUUAUUGUGUCACUUGUUUACUUGGCUAAGAUGUUUUUCAUCGUGUUUUUCCAGGUCUGCUAUCAAAUUUAGGACUUUUAGGACAAACCUCUAAGCCAAAAACUGAUCAUUCAGGUUCUGACUGUUACUGGAUCUUCAUGUUAAUGUUCAUUAAUGAGGUGAACAGAGGUUGUUCUUAACGUGAUGUAUUUUAUCCUUUGGUUGUUAAUAAAAGCCAGCGACACAUUUA